AUGUCCGCCUCUCAGUCGGUCCGUUCAGUCGCAGACACCGAAUUAGGACUGACACAGGGAGAGAUCCAGCUUCUUCGCCGCCAGCAAGAAGUCAUGGCCCAGCGCAGUCAUCAAGGUGGUAAUGCCGACCGGGGCAGAGCUCCAAGCCGUCACUCUCAGCCAUCUUCGCGCGCCGCAAGCGCCGCCAGCAGCACCGGCCCUCCCAAUCGUGUCAUCCUGGAUCCUCGUCAUCUGCAAGCGCUUCAGACUCAUCUCGACAAUGUCAUGCGACAGAUCAGCACUCGCAUCAAUGAGCUCGAAGAAGCCACGGAACGGUCCGUCAACUCAAGCAGCGACCGCCAUGGCCGGACUAGCCGAGAUGCAGACGCCGAAAUUGAGCGCAUGCACCGCAUCAUGGCCGAUAUCGACAGACUAGACGCCGACUUCCGGCGCAUCACCCACAUCAAGGAAGUUGUCAAACGUCUCCGGGCUCGGGUCGACGCCACCGACGGCAGAAUGGAGCGUGCAACCCCCUCUCACCAAAGUCAAGCUGCAAGAGAUCGACACCGUCGUUAA